AUGCAAGCGAGCCCCGUCUCCGAAGCUUGGGAGGUGCACGUCGCGGACUGGGAGAGACGCCAACGUCUCCAGCAUACGCGUCUGGCUCUGCUGCGCCCUUGUCCCCUCUGGCGGCACCAGACGGCGCAGUCUUUCCCUGUGCAGUGCGCGAUCCCGCGUCCUGUCCGGGCUGGGCGGUGGAGUCGCAGUGACGGUCGCCUUGGAUGUGCCAAGUGUUGA